GUUUAAAUGUAUAAGCAAUCGAAACCAUUAGAUAAAUAACUUAGCACACAAGCCAUUGGGUUGAGAGGAGCUUCAUCAAAACUCAUCCAUGGCUUCCAUCCCUUUCAUUAAGACUCUCAACUCAACCUGUGUUUUAGUUUCUUUGCUUCUACUCCUGCAACCGUUUCUAGUCAACUGUCACGGCGGCGAAGAACAUGACAGUGGUAGCGGCACUGAGGACGAACAUAAAGUUCUGCAUUCGAAAGGCUUGGUUUUGGUGAAAGUAUGGUGUUUGAUUAUUCUACUGGUGAGCACUUUCGCGGGUGGGAUCUCCCCCUACUUCUACCGAUGGAACGAAAGCUUUCUUCUCUUGGGCACGCAAUUUGCUGGUGGGGUUUUUCUUGGUACCUCUUUGAUGCAUUUCUUGAGUGACUCAGCUGAGACAUUUGGUGACCUUACCACCAAAACAUACCCUUUUGCAUUCAUGCUAGCAUCGGCUGGGUAUCUGCUAACCAUGCUCGGAGAUUGCAUCGUGCUAUUCGUGACAAGUUCCAACGAAAAAGAAGCUAGAGUGGAAGUGGAGGAGGGAAGGACUGAUGCAGAGCAUGAUCAUAAGGAGGAUGAAGGCGGCGUCAGCCCGGUUUUCUUGAAGACAUCGUCUUUCGGAGACACCAUACUUCUCAUCAUUGCCCUUUGUUUUCAUUCGGUUUUUGAGGGUAUUGCUGUUGGAGUUGCAGAUACAAAGGCAGAUGCAUGGAGGAAUCUGUGGACGAUAUCAUUGCACAAGAUUUUUGCGGCCAUUGCUAUGGGGAUAGCGUUACUGAGAAUGCUACCUAAGAGGGCAUUGCUGGUGACUGCAGCUUACUCUUUUGCUUUUGCUGUUUCUAGCCCCGUUGGAGUAGGCAUCGGCAUUGCCAUUGAUGCCACAACUCAAGGACGUGUAGCUGAUUGGAUUUAUGCCAUUUCCAUGGGGCUUGCUUGUGGGGUUUUCAUCUAUGUUGCAAUCAACCAUCUCAUUGCCAAAGGCUUCAAGCCACAAGCCAAAUCUUACUUUGACACUCCAGCUUUCAAGUUUCUUGCUGUGCUUCUUGGGGUGGGAGUGAUAGCAGUUGUUAUGAUCUGGGAUUAAUUAAUGAGCUAAUUAAAAUUACCACAAAUGGAUUUCAAUAAUUUGCUUUGUGUUUGUUUAAAACUAAGAAUGUUCCAGUGUUUUCUGGAACUUGGAAUUGGACAAUGGUUAUCCUGUUUUUCCUUUUCUUUUGGCGCUUUUUCUGC